UAAAAUGCAACUGCGAGAUGCCCCAAGGCUGUACCCUGGGAAGGGUACUGGCGAUGACGACGUGUACAUUCAACGUAUUCGGCAGAAUAAUAUGAAAGAAAUCAUUAAGCAGCAGGUUCUUGAUAACCAACGUGCCAAAGAUGCUAGAAGAUACCAGAAAGAACAGGAGAAUGAGCAGAUCAAAUAUAAUUUUAGCAUCAGGAAUAAACUCCAAAAUAUGACAGAGAGUUCUGAAAAAGACCAUUCCAGACAAAUUCGAAAAGAUAUUGAUAGUAUGAACUCCAUAGAAACUAUUAAAAGGUACGGAUCUAAGAGAAUUAAAUAAGUACUCUGAGUCCGAGCUUUCCAAAAGUCUUUCUGAAAACAGAGCAGGAAAGGAUUCCCAUUUUUAUUCUCAACUUGAAAGCAAGAACAAAAGGUCUAAAAAUGGUAAAUUCAAUGGAGUUGCCGGGAAAGUAGGAGAGCUUAACUAUUCUUCUCCAAGAGAUAGGUCUCAAGAUAUCGAGCUUCUUUCUUAUCAUGGAAAGAAUUAUUCAUCCAAUCUUCCACCUUCUCAGGCAAAAUUUCUAAAAUAAAUCUCUGAAAAAGUACCGCACAAGAGACAGAAUUAGAGAAAUUAUAAAAGAAGAGAACAAUAUCAAUGAUAAAAUGCGAAAAUAAGGCUUAUAAAAAUGCUAGCAUCAACAAAACUAAUGGAAGCAUAAUCCUCAAAAAGGAGCCAUACAAAGAGCUUGCCCCCUUGAAUCCUGGCAGUCUGAAGUUCAAGACUCCUCAAGUACCUAAGAAGAAAGAAGGAAGGUUUAAAAGCUUCCCAAAAGAGGGAAACUCCUUCGUGGUCAACAAUAGAGUCUAUAAGAAGUUCAAUAUUAUUGGGAAAGAGAGGAACUCCAGCCCUGCCCCUGAUAUGGAGUUAGAAACUUACAAAAAUAAGGAAUAUAAUGACAGAAGAGACAUUAAUUAUCGCUCCAGAGAGCACCUACCACACUUACGCCAGAUCUCCAACCAAAUCGAGGCUCCUAGUCAGAGUUUUGGGCACAAAAGAUCUAUAAUGAGAGAGCCUGAGAUUGGCAACUUAAAUUCGAGAAACCCUAGCUUAAAUAGAAAGAAAACUGUGAGCCAAAAUCGUGGAAUAGACUUCAGAAUCGCCCCUGUAUCCUCCUCAAAUCAUAACUUUGGAGAACCACAAAAUAACAUAGUUCUCAACAACAACUAUGGGAGAAGCAACAGGAAUAACUUGAUUAACAAGCUAGUUCAACAGAAGCAGAAGAAUCCAACAGUGAUAUAUUAAUUUCAACUUUUG